AUGGAUAAAUCCAGUCAUGUGGUAACGCCUAUGAUUCUAAGCAAGUUGCAACCUAAUGUUGGUGAACUUCUAUGUGAUGCUAGGGAGUGUCAUAGCAUUGUUGGAGCAUUGUUAUAUGUGUGUCACACUCGACCUGAUAUCACCUUCAGUAUGAAUCAAGUAGCCCAGUACAUGCAUGCACGACGUCAGGGUCAUCUUGUUGUUGUUAAACGCAUACUUCGUUAUCUUGUAAGCACACUCGAUUAUGGGUUGGUGUUAUCUCCCUAUGGUGUUAAUGUGAAGGUGGUGGCGUUUGUUUAUGCGGAUUGGGGUGGUAAUCCUGAUGAUAGAAAGUUAAUUUAUGGACAUUGUGUAUUUGUGGGAGAUAAUCUUGUGUCCUGGGCUUCUAAGAAACAGAAGACGGUUUCAAGUUCCACCAUGGAGGUCGAAUAUCGCAGUGUAGAUGAUGCAACAGCAAAGGUGACUUGGGUUGAUGUAGUUCUUUCAGAUAUGGGGAUUGUACGGCAAGGGUGCCGGUUAUUUGGUGUGAUAACAGUGGUGUUGUGGCUAUGA